AUAUUUCUCCCACUUUUGAUCUGUAUCUUUCUUCUUUUUCUCUGUUUCUGUUUUUCCUCCAUCAACUAAAGGACAAAUUCCAGCAGGAAAAAACUCCAUGGGUUCAUCAAGUAAUCUCUUUGCGUCAAUAGAUAUGGGCACAAAUUCAUUCAAGAUGUUAAUAGUCCAAGCAGACCGAUCGGGUAAAUUCCUAACCAUUGAUCGCCACAAGAAUCCUGUAUGCCUUGGCCGCGAUAGUUCCACUUCUAUCUCCAUAGAAUCCCAUUUUCGUUCUCUCGAGUGUCUCCAACAAUUCAGUAAAAUUCUCAAGUACAACAACGUGUCUCCCCAUCGGACCCGCUGUGUCGCCACUGCAGCACUGCGCGAAGCAGAUAAUGCAAUUGAAUUUCAAAAAGCAAUACAUGAAAAUACUGGCUUAGAUGUUGUCGUUUUGUCCGGUGAAGAGGAGGCAAGGUUUGUUUACUUGGGUGUACUUCAAUUUUUACCUGUGUUUGACAAAAGAGUGUUGGUUGUGGAUAUUGGAGGUGGGUCUACCGAGUUUGUUAUAGGAGAGAAAGGGAAUGCUAUCUUGAGAGUCUCUCUCAAGUUAGGACAUGUCGGUUUGACUCAGAAGUUCCAUACCGAUGGUAUAAAUUCGGAUAUGAGAGAGUUUGUUAGGUUAGUUAUAAAGGAAUCUGGGUUAGUUGAGGCAGUUAAGGAGUGUGGUUUUGAAGUGGUUGUCGGGACUUCAGGCACUAUCAGGGCAAUCGAGAAGGCUGUGUUUUAUAGUUAUGGAGAAGAUUUGGUUGCUGGUAAUGAGAUUUUGUUUAGGGAUUGUAAAAGGGAUUGGAAGUUUACUAGAGGAGAAUUGAGGUGUGUUGUUGACAGGUUGUGCAAAGAAGGAGAGAGAGAGAAGAGUAGGAGAGAUGAGUUUUUCAAGAGAAGAUCAGAGUUUAUUCUUGCUGGUGCAGUGUUAUUGGAGGAGAUAUUUGAGGUGCUUGGAAUUGACGAACUGGAGGUUUCCGAGUAUGCAUUAGGAGAAGGUGUUAUUGCUGAAACUUUGACUCAAGUGUUUGAGGGUUAUGAUCUGAAUGCUAAUGUGAGGUGGCAUUCUGUUGUAAGGCUUGCAACAAGGUUCGGUGAUAAGAGCACAAUUAAAUCUGCUGCGCGAUGUUCUGUAAUUGCAAAAGAGGUUUUUGAGGGCUUGACAAAAUGGGUAGAGAUUGCUGAUAAUCAUGAUAAAAUUGAUACCCACUUGGCUGAAAAAGAUCUUGAAUGUCUUCAAGCUGCCUGUUUACUUCACAAUAUAGGGCUUUUCACCGGUAAAAAGGGUUACCAUAAGCAGACUUACCGAAUUAUUACGAGCGGUGAUUACCUUCAAGGAUAUAGUGAUGAAGAAGUCAAGUUAAUAGCGUUACUUACGAGGCAUCAUAGGAAGAAAUUUCCGAAGUCUGAUCAUUCCACUAUUGCUGAGAUUUCUGAAGAGUUAAAGAAGAGAUUCAGAAUUCUGUGUGUCAUCAUACGGAUAUCUGUCAUGUUACAAGAAAAUGAUUGUCUGGACUUACAAGAUAUGGAAUUUUUAUGUUCUGAUGGAGGAUUCAAACUGAUGUUCAGGGAAGCGAGUGAUAGAACUGCUUCACCUGUGGGAAGGGACAUGGAGAGAAAACUGCAAAAAGAGUUGGCACAGUUCAAGAUUGUAAAAUUUUCAGUCCACUGCCAAUAUUAUUUCCUUUUUUAUCAAAUCAAUAUCGUUACUAUUGUAAAUUCUUGCUCCUUUGAAUGUCAUCAGAUAUUUCAGCGGCUGUUGUCAGUCGAGGUGCUACCUUGCUCUUUAGAAACAUCAAAGAGAUGAAAAUACUUGCACAAACAGAUAUCAGUCUCUCUUAGUUUGCCAUGGAAACUUCCAUAACUCAUACACUGGACCUCAGUAAUUGACCCCAUGUUGGUUGCCUUGAGAACGAACCAGAAAUAAAGUAUACCUGUGUCGUUAUGUUGCUGAACAAAUCAUUCCCUUGGUUGCUUCAAGCAAAAUACAGAAGAAAUAAGUAGAUGAGAAUUUCCCGUGUAUAAUCAUUGGCUGGAUAUGGACCCUAGUAAAUAGUUCCAGCAUUUUGGCUUCAACUAGUCAGGUGUGAUUGUAACAUCAUGAACGUAAUGUCCUCAGGGAAAUUAUGUACUGCCAAAGUGAGAAAUGCGACUGAGAAACCUUUGGAUCACUCUCCAUUCCCUGUUAUUCAGAUUGACUGGUGUUUCCGUCAUCCGGUAUUAUUCUUAGCCAUGCAGAGCGCAGUCUAGCCGAUGCUAGUGGCAUUAAUUGGAGAAUAGUAUAGAAGAGAACAAUUUUUUUUUUUUUUUUUUUUUUUUUUA